UUACUUCAAUAUCAAAAAAUCACAACAAUCUACAAUCCCUCAAACAUGGCAUCAAGUCUAGUACAUCUACCAGAAAUCGAGCGGAUCAGCUCGCGCGUAAUCAGAAUACUAGGCGGCAAUCCAGGAAAGGAUAUCACAGGAACAAAUACCUACCUAGUAGGCCAAGGACCCAAACGCCUUCUAAUCGACACAGGAGAAGGAAAGCCCUCCUGGAUAACCUCGCUAAAAUCAACACUCGAGCAAGAAAAAGCCUCCAUCGAUAAAGUGAUUCUAACACACUGGCAUCCGGACCACGUAGGGGGAGUUCCCGACCUAGUCUCCCACAACCCCAACAUCCAACUCUACAAGAACCAACCAACAGGAAAUCAGAGCGACAUCAGCCAUGGUCAAGUCUUCAAAACCCAGGGUGCUACUUUGAGAGCUUUCCACUGUCCGGGUCAUACGACCGAUCACAUGGCUUUGAUUCUAGAAGAGGAAGAUGCAAUGUUCACCGGCGACAACGUGCUGGGACAAGGAACAGCAGUAUUUGAAGAUCUGGCUGCAUACAUGAACAGUCUGCAAAAGAUGCAAGAGGAAUUUUCUGGUCGCGCUUAUCCGGGACAUGGACCUGUGAUUGAGGAUGGAAAGGCCAAGAUACGCGAGUACAUUUCACAUCGACAGGAAAGAGAGGGUCAGAUUGUGGAUGUUUUGGGUCGAGAGGCUCAGGACGGGAAGAAAGGAUGGCAGUCGAUGGAUAUGGUCAAGGUCAUCUACAAGGGCUACCCUGAAAACCUGUACGCACCGGCAGAAAAGGGUGUUUUGCAAGUGUUGGACAAGUUAAAGAAGGAAGGGAGGGUUCAUGAGGAUGAGGGAGUAUGGUUCUUGCAGUCAAAGCCUGCUCUGUGA